AUGUUUCCAGAUCCUUACUGGAAAAGGCCCCCUGGUCGUGAAAAAAAGUUCUGGAAGAAGGCGGUGAAGGAAGAUCUGAGGAAACGGCGUGGACAAGCAGAUCAAUCUAGACGUAACGCUGUAUUGUGGAAUAGCGACGGAUGGACAGAUUCUGUGCGGGCUCUAGCUCUGGCUCUAGCGGAAGAUCGAACAAGAAGGGCUCAAAUAUGUUCAAGGACGACCCAUAUUGGCCAAGAUGCGGAUAAGCUUAGGCCAAAACGCCUAUCCGCCAAAUCAAAUAAGUCAAGAAAAAAGUUUUGA